UAUAUAUCAACUAAUAUAUACAUAUUUCAUAUUAUAUAUUCUUUCUUUAAUUAAAUGCUGGUAUAUUUCAUUGCACUAAGUAUAGAACUGGUGUACAUUGUCUGUACUGCUGCAAGUUUCAUCAGCUGGUAAGAAACCCACAAUUGCAGUGUCAUGAGCAAAUGUCUACAAUGAGCAGUUUGGCACAACACUGCUAACCGUGGGGGUUCAUACAGCUGAGAUCAUGAGUGUAAAUGAUACUGCCCCUCAGGCAGGUUAUCUGUGAACACAGUUAACUGUGAGACAGACAGGGACGUCCCACAAUGCAGUUCCACCAUACCUUAUUUAGAACAGGAUGUACAGAUGAGUUCACCUGAGUAACUAAAGGAAAGGUAGGUUCUCCAUCCAGCCCUGAGAGAAGUUCCAGCUCUGAGGAGAUAGAGGAGAUUUCUGAGGAUUAUUAUGGGGUUUAUUUUCUGUUAUAUGGAGACUUUAAGGAGAGUACGGCUGGGGGUUCUUCUCCUUCUACUGCAGGUACUCUCCUCCAGCUUUGCUGAACUGACGCCGUGUAUAAACGGAUUUGAUUCAGAGGUGUUCAUUUUUAAAGUGCACAGACCUCACCUUCACAGAGGCAGGAAGCUGGGCAGAGUUCUCUUCAACGACUGUGCUGGUAGAGGGUAUAACAUUUACAGCUCUACUGACCAGCACUUUCAGGUGGAUGUUGACGGCACAGUGGAACUGAAGACACAGCUCACUCUACACCAAGUUCAAGAAUUCUCAGUCCAUGCCUGGGAUUCAGAGGGAAAGAGGUACACUGCUUCUGUGAGAGUGGAAAACCAUCACCAUGCCCAGCAGGAGGAAACUAAGAACAUGAAUAUAAAUGUUCUGAAGUUGUGGAGACAAAAGAGAAGAUGUAUGUUGAUUCCACCACUCGCUGUCCCAGAGAACCAAAAUGUCCCAUUCCCCAAGCUGAUCGCAGUGUUUAAGUCAGAUUUUGCGAAGGAAAAUACGAUGAUCUACAGCAUGAAGGGUGAAGGAGCAGACGAGCCUCCAGUGGGGGUUUUCAUCAUUGAUAAAAACAAUGGUGCACUCUAUGUAACGCAGCCUCUAGACAGAGAGACCAAAGAUAAAUAUGUGCUUACGGUUCAUGCUGUUGCAGCUAAUGGUGAGGUUGAGGAAGAAACUACGGAGAUUAUCAUUUUUGUAAUUGAUGGAAACGAUAAUAAGCCCAUCUUCACCCAAAACCCUUUCCUUGGCAGUGUUGCAGAAGCUUCACCUCGAGAUUUUGAGUUCAUGGUAGCGAAUGCUACAGACGCAGACGAUCCUGACAGUGACCAUGCAGACAUCAGAUACUCCAUCAUCAGCCAGACUCCACCACAGCCAGAUCCAAACAUGUUCAUCAUUAACCCGAUUACUGGAGGGAUUAGAGUGAACUCUGAUGAACUGGACAGAGAGACUUAUCCUGAGUACAUCUUGCUGAUCCAAGCUGCAGAUAUGAUGGGUGAUGGCCUCGUCACCACUGGAACAGCUGUUAUUACUGUAACUGAUAUCAACGACCACGCACCACAGUUUGAAAAGACCUUGUACACUGCAUCAGUCCCGGAGAAUAAAGUAGGAUCUGUGGUGGUGAAGAUACCAGUGACUGAUGGAGAUGAUCCUCAGACUCCUGCCUGGACGGCCAACUUCAGGAUCUUUAGUGGAAACAGUGGUGGAUUUUUCAGCAUUAGCACAGGACCCAACAAACAGGAGGGCAUCAUUACUACUGUUAAGCCAUUGGACUUUGAACAGACCAACAAGUACACUCUGCUGGUGAUCACAGAGAAUGAUGUUCCAUUUGCCAAACCCCUCCCUACAUCCACUGCUACAGUCAUCGUGAAUGUUCAGGAUGUAAAUGAGGCGCCAGUGUUCGACCCAGCGGAGACCAUCAUUUCUAAACCUGAAGAUCUGGAAGUUGGUACUGAACUAACCGUUUACACCGCCACUGAUCCAGACACAGCGAGAGCUCAGACAGUGACAUACCGUGUAUCUAAUGAAGAUCGUUCUGGCUGGGUGAGUAUUGACCGAGACACUGGACUGAUCAGAGUGAAGAGCUCCAUGGACAGAGAAUCUCCUUUAGUGAAAGAUGGGAAAUUUAAAGUUCUGAUCUUGGCUGUGGAUGAUGAUGAAGUUCCAGCUACAGGUACAGGAACCCUGGUGAUCGAGCUGGAAGAUGUGAACGAUAACGCUCCCGUUAUUGAAGAGAGGGAGAUCACAGUGUGCAGUAAGAACUCUGUUCCAGUCUCACUCUCUGUAACAGAUGAGGAUGGGUCUGGUUUUGCUGCUCCGUUCACUGUUGAACUCCAUGAAGAGAGCAGGAAUAACUGGACUGCUGGGAUGGACGACUCAAAUACUAAAAUUCUACUUACGCUUAAGACUGCAAUACAACAGGGAAAAUACAGUGUGGUUCUGAGGGUGUAUGAUUCCAGCCUCCACAGCCAAGACAGCACUAUCAUUACCACUGUAUGUGACUGCACUGGAGAGGACGUCUGGUGCUCAGACAGAGAAAUUUCAGGCUUCGGCCUAUCACCCAUCCUUGGAAUUCUGGGGGCUUCACUGGCUUUGCUAAUUCUGGUCCUAUUGCUACUCCUGUUCCUGAGGAAGAAGAGAUCAGUUAAGAAACAGCCAAUGAUUCCCGAAAAAACCGUCCCCGUCCCACCAACCCUGAAGAGAUCAGCAUCCUUUUUUGAUGAUAACCUGAAGGCGGCUGAUACGACCCCACAGCUCCACUGCUCUUCUGGUGUUUGAUUAUGAAGGGUGCGGUUCAGAGGCCGGCAGUAUCAGCUCCCUGAACUCCUCAGACUCUGGGGACCGGGACUACGACCUCCUGCAUGAGCAGGACCCACGCUUUAAGAAGCUCGCUGACGUGUACGGAGGAGGAGAUGAGCUGUGAGGAGAUUACUGCAGAUAAAUCCAUCACUCAGAAUGAUGCACAUGGAUUAAUAAAUGGAUGGAUAUAUGUAUUAUAAUAUAUAAUAUAAUAUAUUAUUAUAAAAAGAGGCAGUUCUGCUGUGUAAUAUUAUACAUUUGCAUUAAAUUCUGAACAAAAAUUACAAUUACAUUUUAACAGUAUUGUAGUUUUUAGGAUGCACUGGUUGAUAGAAAACAAAUGUAUAGCUACUGUAACUGUUUUGGCUAGAAUGUGAAAUAUAUGCAUAUGUUUACUUUGGGGCCAAAGUAGGCUUUUUGAUAGCUUUAAAGAUCUUUUUGUGCAUUUAUACAAAAGAACGUGCGGUACAGAUUUAACAGUCAGUGAUUAAUAAUCUACUGAAUGUUUUGUUCUAGCUUAUUUUAUACGCCUUUUUUUAAACAGUGUAGAAAAGCAUUGUGGUGUAACCAUUUAUUAUUUUGUGUGUUAUUUUUAUAUAUUACAUACAAAACAUUUUAUAUUACAUAUUACUCUUUAUUACUCUUUUUUUUUGGAAGAGCACGUUUUUUGAGUCAGUAUAUCGUUUUGAAGAACGUGCAGAACUUUAGUCAACCUGAUUUAUUAGAUCAUUUUCACACAUACAUAUUUUCAGCUCUGGAAAAAAAUAAUAGACCGUUUCUGAAUCAGUUUCUGAAUCAGUUUCUCUGAUUUUACUAUUUAUAGGUUUAUGUUUGAGUAAAAUGAACAUUGUUGUUUUAUUCUAUAAACUACAGACAACAUUUCUCCCAAAUUCCAAAUAAAAAUAUUCUCAUUUAGAGCAUUUAUUUACAGAAAAUGAGAAAUGACUGAAAUAAUAAAAAAAAGAUGCAGAGCUUUCAGACCUCAAAUAAUGCAAAGAAAACAAGUUCAUAUUCAUAAAGUUUUAAGAGUUCAGAAAUAAUCAAUAUUUGGUGGAAUAACCCUGGUUUUUAAUCACAGUUUUUAAUCAUGCAUCUUGGCAUCAUGUUCUCCUCCACCAGUCUUACACACUGCUUUUGGAUAACUUUAUGCUGCUUUACUCCUGGUGUAAAAAUUCAAGCAGUUCAGUUUGGUGGUUUGAUGGUUUUUGAUCAUUCAUCUUCCUCUUGAUUAUAUUCCAGAGGUUUUUAAUUUGGUAAAAGUAAAAGUAUCCAUCUAAAAAUCUACUCGAGUAAAAGUAAAAAAGUAUCAAUUUAAAAUGUAAGCUGAGUAAAAGUUACAUAGUUACUUUUAAUUAUUUAAUGUAAAAAAAAAAAUAAUCGUUUUAAAUGAACUAUUAUUCCACAUAAUAAUUCGGACCUUUCAGGCAGUAUUUGUUCAGACCACCCCAUAAAACAUUUUCAAGAACAAGUGGCAUAGGUUUCUAUUAUUUUUAUAUUUUUACAGUUCAUUAUUAUUUUUAACUUGCUAUUGAUAUGCUUUAACUGCUAUUUACAUGUUUCUUUUUAACAUUCAAGCAGAUUGUUUAAUGUUUCCAAUACAAACUUAAGGAGAUAUCAUUAAAAACAUGAAAAAAUACAAAACAAAUGUUGGUGGGCGCAUGCGCAGUGCUGCAAAGAAGCACAUAUCGAUGGGUAGCAUAACUCGAACACCUUUUCCUUUUCCGGACACAGCGUCUCUCCCGCUAACCAUAAUAAUAAACACUGCUGGGAAAAGUUCAGCUGCGCUGCCAUGGAGAACAAAACUCAGCGCAAACUAUGUGUGAUAAAAUUCAGCGGAACCUAAACACAGAGAACAUUAUGAGGCAUUUCUCUCACCACCAAGACUUUCAGAAAAUAAACUCCUAUUUGUGGACGCAGGUUAAACACGUAACGUCGCGCAGUUAAAGGAUUGCCACCUUUUAGAAUUUAAAAUAAGGGACGCCAACCACCGCUCCUCUGGGACGAGGCACCCGCAGCAGUGGUAUAUUUAAACAUUUUUGCUGGUGUUUCUAUUGAAGAGGUCAUCUAAAAAGCAAUUCAUCAAACUUAAAACUUGAAAUGCUUUAUUAGCAUUGAACACUUUCUCUUAUAAAGUGCAGUUAAUUACAUCUUAAAUUAAAUAUGUUUGUGUGCACCAACAAACAUUUAAAAUAUAAACUAAAUAUAUUGAGAAUAUAACUUUUUAUGUGCAUAACUAUAGGGACACUCUUGGAGCCACGGGGUCAUUUUUACUUACAGUAAAUUAAACAGUAUUUGCUGGUGCCUUUCUUAUAAACAUUUUGACACAAAAUACACAGAAAUCUGUAAAAACAGUUUUAAUCAUAUAAUAAAAAGUGUA